UAUGAGUUUCGUGCAAAUUAGAUCUCAACUUCCGGUUCCGGGUCAUCACUAGUGAAUUGAAAAUGGAGGAGACGAGAAGCAAGCAGUGGUGUUCUGUUUCUCUGAGUAACAAAGACGCGGUGCCUUGUGUUUUUCGGUCGGAGUUAACUGCAAGAUUAGUGUUUGCUUGUGGUCACGAAGAUGUUGCUGUUGCUGAUAGUGUUGCUUUGGACCACGACUACGACGGACGACCAUCGCCUGCAUUGAUUACAGGAAAGAGAGUACCUGGGAUCUUUGGAUCCUCCAAUGGGACCAUGGAUGAAAUGGAGGUAAAGCCGCUGAUCUCUGACUGUCACGAGACUGAAAUGCACCAGGUUGACCUGAGAUUGAUUGUGAAAGAAGAAGACAUAAAAGAGGAGGAAUAUGGUCAUAUGAUAUCAUGUCCGGUCAAAGAAGAAGAAAAGCCCUUUGCAGAACGUCACUGUAAAAUUGAAACAGACGAAACCGACGAUACAGACUCUAACGAUGAAACACUACAGACACCAGCGGAGGUUGAAGUGGAGAUUGAGGAGGACGAGCAGCACGAUAACCAGCUGGAAAGUGUAUCAGAGCACACAAAUGUAACACAACAGAGGAUCCAUGGACAAAAUGAUGGACUCAACUUGCGACUCAAAGGAAGGCUUCACCACUGCACAGUCUGCGGGAAGAGUUUCACAGCCCUGACAGAACUCAAGAAACACCAGCAAACACACACUGUUAGUGUGAAUGAACAGCAGAACAAGACUGAUGGCAAAAAGACUCGUAACUGUGGGAGAGCUUUUAAGCGUUCAAUUCUUAAAAAGCACAUGCUUACACACACUACAAAAAAGCCUCAUAUAUGUGCCCAUUGUGGAAAAACAUUUAAAAGAUCCUCAAUUCUUAAAAAGCACAUGCUUACACACACUACAAAAAAGCCUCAUAUAUGUGCCCAUUGUGGAAAAACAUUUAAAAGAUCCUCAAUUCUUAAAAAGCACAUGCUUACACACACUACAAAAAAGCCUCAUAUAUGUGCCCAUUGUGGAAGAGCUUUUUCACUCAUGUCAAAUCUUAAAACCCACAUGCGAACACACACUAUAGAGAGUUCUCAUGUAUGUGCUCAUUGUGGAAAAGCUUUUACGAAAUCCUCACAUCUUAAACAACACAUGCUCACACACUCUGGAGAGAAGUCUCAUAAAUGUACCCAUUGUGGAAAAACAUUUAAAAAAUCCUCAAAUCUUAAAAAACACAUGCUUACACACACUGGAGAAAAGCCUCAUAAAUGUGACCAGUGUGGAAAAGCUUUUUCACAAAUGUCAGUUCUUAAAACCCACAUGUUUGUACAUUCUGGAGAAAAGCCUCAUAAAUGUGACGAGUGUGGAAAAGGUUUUUCACAAAUGUCAAGUCUUAAAACUCAUAUGCCAAUUCAUGGUGGAGAGAAGCCUCAUAAAUGUACCCAUUGUGGAAAAACAUUUAAUAGACCCUCAAUUCUUAAAAAACACAUACUUACCCAUACUGGAGAAAAGCCUAAUAAACAUGUCCAGUGUGGAAAAGCUUUUUCACAAAUUUCAGGUCUUAAAUCCCACAUGUUUGUACAUUCUGGAGAAAAGCCUCAUAAAUGUGACCAGUGUGGAAAAGCUUUUUCACAACUUUCAGGUCUUAAAACCCACAUGUUUGUACAUUCUGGAGAAAAGCCUCAUAAAUGUGACCAGUGUGGAAAAGCUUUUUCAGUCUAUUCAAAUCUUAAAAAUCAUAUGUCAAUUCACAGUGGAGAGAAGCCUCAUAAAUGUGACCAUUGUGGAAAAGCUUUUUCACAACUUUCAGGUCUUAAAACCCACAUGUUUGUACAUUCUGGAGAAAAGCCUCAUAAAUGUGACCAGUGUGGAAAAGCUUUUUCACAACUUUCAGGUCUUAAAACCCACAUGUUUGUACAUUCUGGAGAAAAGCCUCAUAAAUGUGACCAGUGUGGAAAAGCUUUUUCAGUCUAUUCAAAUCUUAAAAAUCAUAUGUCAAUUCACAGUGGAGAGAAGCCUCAUAAAUGUGACCAUUGUGGAAAAGCUUUUUCACAACUUUCAGGUCUUAAAACCCACAUGUUUGUACAUUCUGGAGAAAAGCCUCAUAAAUGUGACCAGUGUGGAAAAGCUUUUUCAGUCUAUUCAAAUCUUAAAAAUCAUAUGUCAAUUCACAGUGGAGAGAAGCCUCAUAAAUGUGACCAUUGUGGAAAAGCUUUUUCACAACUUUCAGUUCUUAAAACCCACAUGUUUGUACAUUCUGGAGAAAAGCCUCAUAAAUGUGACCAGUGUGGAAAAGGUUUUUCUGUCUUGUCAAAUCUUAAAAAUCAUAUGUCAAUUCACAGGGGAGAGAAGCCUCAUACAUGUGAAGUGUGGAAAAGCUUUUUCACUAAUUUCAACUCUUAAAACCCAUAAGCUAAUACACACUGUCAAAAAGCCACAUACAUGUUUUCUUUAUGAAAAAGCAUUUGCAACACUCAGCUCUGAAAUGCUUACUUGCACACACACACACACACACACACACCCCCUAUAUCCCUCAUGAGUUUUUUGAAAACCAUAGGCAAAAGAGAGAAACCUCAUUCAUCUAGUGUCAAAAGGUUUUCUCACAUAUGUCAAAUCUUAACUAAACCAAAGCCUACCAAACAUAUGGUGGUACCGGCUGAGCGAGGCACCGGUUGCUCUUGGUGUACAACGACGGUGUAUGAUUGUGUUUGGGGAAAAGGGAGGUAUGAUUUUGUGCAAGGUUCUGACUUGUCAGUGACCGUAACAUUAUGAGAGAACAGAAACACGCUUAUGCUUUUAUGUAAACUAUGUAAGCUACUAUGUAAACUUUCUACAAAUGGCAUAUUACACAUUAAAAGUUCCUCCUUGAAUAUUGAA